AUGUCGUCACCGCUAGUAAACCUUCCAUCGCGACCAGAAAGAGCCUGCAUUAGAAACUCAGAAACAAUUGCAGUGACAGAAACUGGGUUCCAAUAUGUUCGACGUCGUUGUCUGAAGAGAGCUAAGGAAAGAAGAAGGCAACAGACGAUGCAAGAAGGUGUAUUAAAGCCCGCUUUAUCAAAACCGUCCGAAUUGCCCAAAGACCCCAUCUCCGUUUACUUUCAGGAAGAAGCUGAGAAGAAAGACGGUGCAAGCUGUGUAUUCUUGCUAUGGGGUUCUGAGAACUCUGAAAGCUUCAAAACCUGGGCUGUGGACAUUCCAAUCACCGAUGUUGAGGACAAUGAGGAUGAAAUCUUCGACUUGUUACAGAAGAAGUAUCAUAAACAACUUGGCCUCUCCCAGAUUUUCCUUCCAUUCCGAAAAUUUAGGAGACUCAAGCCCGUUACAUUCCGGUUGAUUUGCCGUGACUCAGAAAGGUUCCUAGCCUUUGUUCAACCGAUAGACUUAGACGGCUUGCACAAGAGCUACACUGAGCAACAGAAAAAUGCGAUGAAAGCUAUUAAACUAAUAGCAUAUUCCUAUUCGAACGAUUUUCCGGAACACUGCUAUCGCGAUAAGGAUGGGGAAUACAAUCACUGCAACGUUGACUGUCCAACCCACACUUCAGAAGACUCUGAUGAUUCAAGCUGUCCUUUCGAAGAAUGGGAUUGGGUCAAUGAUCAUAUAAAUUGGAUUCAAACUGCGCCUUUCCUUUCUUGCUACUUCCGAAAUCCAGCCGGUGCAAAGUCUCAAAGAAUACUUAGUGGCUUGAAUAGCCAUCGCUUUAUCCAUCGAUAUAGGAGCAUCUAUUUCCCAGUUGACGAGUUCCGAUUCCAGAAUAGAUAUCUAGAACUAACUGGCUUAUACGUUGAGACUGCGUGGUGCCCUGUGAAAUCCGGCAUUGCAUUUCUAAGUAUUCUCCUCCCUUCCAUAGUAAUUGGAGGAAGAUUUUUCUGGGGCAGUUGGGAGGUAGCAUUUGGCGCUGGAAGCUUCAUCAUCGCUUUGCCGAUGUUGGCACUGGCAGUACUUAGUCGCUAUGAUGCCUGA